UCACGUGACGCCCAGAGUCAUGUGACCGCCAUCUGGACGGUGCUCCACGGGCGCUGCUUCCUGCCGGGGUUUGGAGUUGUCACCGCUUUCCCCUCUCAGUCUCCUGCGGGCGCAAUGGAGGAGGAGGAUGAGGAAGCGCGGGCGCUCCUGGCAGGCGGCCCUGACGAGGUCGACAGCGGUGCCCCCGCCGCCCCGGCCGCCCCCGGGGCCCUGCCGGCCCUCUGCGACCCCAGUCGCCUGGCGCACCGGCUUUUGGUGCUGUUACUGAUGUGCUUCCUUGGCUUCGGCAGCUAUUUUUGCUAUGAUAAUCCUGCUGCCCUUCAGACUCAAGUUAAACGAGAUAUGCAAGUGAAUACCACGAAAUUCAUGCUGCUGUAUGCCUGGUAUUCUUGGCCCAAUGUAGUUUUGUGUUUCUUUGGUGGCUUUUUGAUAGACCGAGUAUUUGGAAUACGAUGGGGCACAAUCAUUUUUAGCUGCUUUGUAUGCAUUGGACAGGUUGUUUUUGCCCUGGGUGGAAUAUUUAAUGCUUUUUGGCUGAUGGAAUUUGGAAGAUUUCUAUUUGGGAUUGGUGGAGAGUCCUUAGCAGUUGCCCAGAAUACGUAUGCUGUGAGCUGGUUUAAAGGCAAAGAAUUAAACCUGGUGUUUGGACUUCAACUUAGCAUGGCUAGAAUUGGAAGUACAGUAAACAUGAACCUCAUGGGAUGGCUGUAUUCUAAGAUUGAAGCUUUGUUGGGUUCUGCUGGUCACACAACCCUCGGGAUCACACUUAUGAUUGGGGGUAUAACGUGUAUUCUUUCACUAAUCUGUGCCUUGGCUCUUGCCUACUUGGAUCAGAGAGCAGAGAGAAUCCUUCAUAAAGAACAAGGAAAAACAGGUGAAGUUAUUAAAUUAACUGAUGUAAAGGACUUCUCCUUACCCCUGUGGCUUAUAUUUAUCAUCUGUGUCUGCUACUACGUUGCUGUGUUCCCUUUUAUUGGACUUGGGAAAGUUUUCUUUACAGAGAAAUUUGGAUUUUCUUCCCAGGCAGCAAGUGCAAUUAACAGUGUUGUAUAUAUCAUAUCAGCUCCCAUGUCCCCGGUAUUUGGGCUCCUGGUGGAUAAAACAGGGAAGAACAUCAUCUGGGUUCUUUGCGCGGUAGCAGCCACUCUUGUGUCCCACAUGAUGCUGGCCUUUACGAUGUGGAACCCUUGGAUUGCUAUGUGUCUUCUGGGACUCUCCUAUUCAUUGCUUGCCUGUGCAUUGUGGCCAAUGGUAGCAUUUGUAGUUCCUGAACAUCAGCUGGGAACUGCAUAUGGCUUCAUGCAGUCCAUUCAGAAUCUUGGGUUGGCCAUCGUUUCCAUCAUUGCUGGUAUGAUACUGGAUUCUCGGGGGUAUUUGUUUUUAGAAGUGUUCUUCAUUGCCUGUGUUUCUUUGUCACUUUUAUCUGUGGUCUCACUCUAUUUGGUGAAUCGUGCCCAGGGUGGGAACCUAAAUUAUUCUGCAAGACAAAGGGAAGAAAUAAAAUUUUCCCAUACUGAAUGAGAAGUUUAAAUGAAUGUGUCAUGAGAAUGGGCUUAACACAUCGUUGGUUUGAAAACCUCCAUUUUUAAAAAUUUAGAGUUUAGUCAUUAGAAAAAAUAAUGGACUGGAAAGUUAUAUUUAUAUCCAAAUAUACCUAUUUCAAAGUGUAUUUGUGAGGCCUGUGUUAGCCCGUGUCUUUUGUAUUGUGUGUUGCUAAAGAAUUCUACUUUUAGUAGGCUAAUCAACAAUGAAAGGGUUAGAAAUUGCUGUGGAACAUCCAGGUGAACUUGAGGAAGGACAGUGAAAAAUGGAAAACAUUGGCGCUUCUGUUGGAAUAAUCUUCAUUAGGUAUAUAUCUUAGGGAUACAGCCUUUUCUUUAUCUUAUAGCAGGAAAAAAAACUUUUGAGGGGAAUAGAAGGGCUGUGUUACACAAAAUAAACAAUGGCAUUGUCAUAGGCCUUCCUUUUAGUAGUAGGGCAUAAUGCUAGGGAAUAUGUGAAGAUGUUUUUAUGAAGUCUCUUUCUGAUCAUGACCAAUAGCUUGCGCUGUAUUCUGUAGUCAAGUGGAUUGCUGAGCAAUGACCCUUUUCAGUUUAUUUGUUUGUUGCUGAGGACCCUAAUUACUUAAGGAUGUAAUUUUAUAGUAUAAACUUUCUGUACAGUUUUUCUUAUAGUCUAAUAACUAAAAAGUGUCCUUCAAAUUAUAAUCGCCUAUGUACAUGGAUAAAUUAAAACACUGCACACGGAGUACUUGAUGUCUUCCUUUGAUUUAAAAAAAAUACAAAAACACUGAUUUUAACUUUUAUUCAUGCAGAAGAUUAUCUAGAAGAAAACCCAAGUUAGAAUAAAGAGAACUUGCCCAAUUACAGUCAUUGAAAGAUUAUGGAGGUAGCUUUUUCUCCAGAGUAGAACUUUAAGUAACAUAUGUGGUUUUUUUAAUAUUAAAUAAGAGUAUGAAGCUUCUCUGACAAACUUUAAAUACUUUUUAGUAUUUUUCAGCGUUAACGUAUUAUUUGUUAAAGUCAAGGAAUGCAGAUAUUUUAGACAAAAUAUUAAACGAAUAUAUUUAGCUGAUUAUAUUGUUUAAAGCACAUGGCAUGAUAUUGUAAGCGUAAAUGUUUGGGAACAGAUUGAAAGUACGUUCCUUAUGCAAGGUAGCUUGGCAGCUUUAUUUACAUCUGUUUUUCUGACUUAAGUUCGUUGUAUUGAUAUGACUUGUCUCUGUGUCCUCACCCAAAUCUCAUCUCGAAUUGUAAUCCCUAUGUGUUCGAGGGAGGGACCUGGUGGGAGGUGAUUGGAUCAUGGGGGCGGUUUCUCCCAUGCUGUUCUCGUGAUAGUGAGGGAAUUCUCGUGAGAUCUGAUGGUUUAAAAGUGUGGCACUUCCCCUUCACGCCCUCUAUCUCUCCUACCACCAUGUAAGAUGUGCCUUGCUUCCUCUUUGCCUUCUUCCAUUAUUUUAAGUUUCCUGAGGCCUCCCAGCUACGUGGAAGUGUGAGUCAAUUAAACCCCUCUAAUUUACAAAUUACCCAGUCUCAGGUAGUAUCUUUAUGGCAGUAUGGGAACUGACUAAUACAUGUGUCAUUACUGAGUUGUUAGUUCUUUAGGCUCUGACUGCCAUAUGACUGUUUUCAGCACAUGGGUGUUGAAUAUUGAUCUCACAAGUGGGGGAGAGUGCAGAAGUCCACACUACUUCUGCUGGAAGGCCCAUGUGACCUGGCCUCUUGCCUUGUCUCUCCACUGCCUCUGUGCCCCAGCCACAGUGAGCCACUUACAUGUUUUCAAAUGGGUUGUGUUCCUUUCCCUCCCAGAGGCUUUGUCCACACUGUUCCGUUUGCUUAGAAAGUUUUCUCCAAGGCUCUCUAGAACCUGUUUUUACCUGAUUUAUACCGGAAAACCAUAGUCCCCAGCCCAGAACCAUUCUUCCUCAUGGAAGCCCUUCCAGAUCCUUCAGGGUGUAUUGGGUUCUUCUAAGUUGCUGUGAUCUUGCAGUUUUCCUUUUUAGCUUACCUUAACUUAAUAAUGAAGAAUCUGUGAUAAUGUGGUUGUGGGUGUCUUCCUUAGAUUGUAAGCUCCUUGAGGGCAGGGACUGCGUCUGUUUUGUUAUCAAUGAUUGUAUUGAUAGUGCCUAGCAAAAGUAGGCACAAAAUAAAUAUUUUUUUUGUAUGAUA